UUUCUGUCAGCCCUGCGCUCCAGAGGGAGGAGAAGGAGAGAGAAAGAGAGAGGGGAGAGAGAAUCAAGGGGCCAUCUGUUUUGUCCCUAUCCUACACUUUUAAAAAGUGUUGGAAUCCAACUCAUCUACAUCUCUUGUGUUGUAUUUUUGAAGUCUCCCCUUUGAGCAGACAGGAUGGAGAACGCACACACCAAAGAAACAGCAGAAUGCCUGGCCUACUUCAGCGUGAGCGAGACCACAGGCCUCGCUCCGGAUCAGGUCAAGAAAAACCAAGACAAGUAUGGAUUCAAUGAGCUGCCCGCUGAAGAAGGUAAGAGCAUCUGGGAGCUGGUGGUUGAGCAGUUUGAAGAUCUCUUGGUCAGGAUCCUGCUGUUGGCUGCUUGCAUCUCUUUUGUACUGGCCUGGUUUGAGGAAGGCGAGGAAACGGUCACUGCCUUUGUCGAGCCAUUUGUCAUCCUUCUCAUCCUUAUUGCUAAUGCUGUCGUUGGAGUAUGGCAGGAGCGCAAUGCGGAGAGCGCCAUCGAGGCUCUGAAGGAGUAUGAGCCAGAGAUGGGUAAAGUCUACCGUGCUGACAGAAAGAGCGUACAGAGGAUCAAAGCCAGAGAGAUUGUUCCUGGAGACAUUGUGGAAGUUUCAGUUGGUGACAAAGUCCCUGCUGAUAUUAGAAUCACCGCCAUCCGCUCCACAACUCUGCGUGUGGACCAGUCUAUCCUCACUGGUGAGUCCGUCAGUGUGAUUAAACACACAGAGUCUGUUCCUGACCCCAGGGCUGUCAACCAGGACAAGAAGAACAUGCUUUUCUCUGGCACUAACAUCGCUUCUGGCAAGGCUAUCGGAGUUGUGGUUGCCACCGCCGUCUCCACUGAGAUCGGUAAAAUCCGUGACCAGAUGGCUGCCACUGAGCAAGAGAAGACCCCCUUGCAGCAGAAGCUGGAUGAGUUCAGUGAGCAGCUCUCCAAAGUCAUUUCCCUCAUCUGUGUGGCUGUCUGGCUCAUCAACAUUGGCCACUUUAACGACCCCGUCCACGGUGGCUCCUGGAUCCGUGGUGCUGUCUACUACUUCAAGAUCGCUGUGGCUCUUGCUGUAGCUGCUAUCCCUGAAGGUCUGCCUGCUGUCAUCACUACCUGCUUGGCUUUGGGAACCCGCCGUAUGGCUAAGAAGAACGCCAUCGUCCGUUCUCUUCCCUCUGUAGAGACUCUGGGCUGCACAUCCGUCAUUUGCUCAGACAAGACCGGCACCCUCACCACCAAUCAGAUGUGUGUUACAAAGAUGUUCGUCAUUGAGAAGGUGGACGGGGAGACUGUGACUCUUGACCAGUAUGACAUUUCUGGAUCCAAGUACACACCAGAGGGAGAAGUUACUAAGGGUGGACUUCCUGUCAAGUGUGGUCAGUAUGAUGGCCUUGUUGAGCUGGCAACCAUCUGCGCCUUGUGCAAUGACUCCUCUCUGGACUACAAUGAGUCAAAAGGAAUCUAUGAGAAAGUGGGUGAAGCUACAGAGACCGCCCUGUGCUGCCUGGUUGAAAAGAUGAACGUGUUCAACACUGAUGUCCGUGGUCUGUCCAAGGUGGAGAGAGCCAACACAUGCUGCACUGUGGUCAAGCAGCUUAUGAAGAAGGAAUUUACUCUCGAGUUCUCCCGUGACAGGAAGUCCAUGUCCGUCUAUUGCUCCCCUGCAAAGGCCUCCAAGGCCCCUGUUGGAAACAAGAUGUUUGUCAAGGGUGCUCCUGAGGGUGUGAUUGACAGAUGUGCCUAUGUGCGUGUUGGAACCACCCGUGUGCCCCUGACUGGUCCAGUUAAGGAUAAGAUCAUGGCUGUGAUCAAGGAAUGGGGAACUGGCCGUGAUACCCUGCGCUGCCUGGCACUGGCAACCUGUGACAACCCUCUGAGAAAGGAGGAGAUGAACCUGGAGGACUCCACCAAGUUUGCUGAAUAUGAGACUGAUCUCACCUUCGUGGGUUGCGUUGGUAUGCUGGAUCCUCCUCGUAAAGAGGUUGUUGGAUCCAUUGAGCUGUGCAGGGCUGCUGGUAUCCGUGUGAUCAUGAUCACAGGUGAUAACAAAGGUACCGCUGUGGCUAUCUGCCGCCGUAUUGGCAUCUUCAGUGAUGAUGAGGAUGUGACAGGCCGUGCUUUCACUGGCCGUGAGUUUGAUGACCUGCCACUGGCCCAGCAGAGAGAGGCUGUGCGUAAGGCCUGCUGUUACGCUCGUGUUGAGCCCUCCCACAAGAGCAAGAUCGUUGAGUUCCUUCAGGGUUUUGAUGAGAUCACUGCAAUGACUGGUGAUGGUGUGAAUGAUGCUCCUGCCCUGAAGAAGGCAGAGAUUGGCAUUGCCAUGGGCUCUGGCACUGCUGUUGCCAAGUCAGCCUCUGAGAUGGUCCUGGCCGAUGACAACUUCUCCAGCAUCGUGGCUGCCGUUGAGGAGGGCAGAGCCAUUUACAACAACAUGAAGCAGUUCAUUCGCUACCUCAUCUCCUCCAACGUCGGAGAAGUUGUGUGUAUCUUCCUGACUGCUGCUCUUGGUCUUCCUGAGGCUCUGAUCCCAGUUCAGCUUCUGUGGGUGAACCUGGUGACUGACGGUCUUCCUGCCACCGCUCUGGGAUUCAACCCCCCUGAUUUGGACAUCAUGGGCAAGGCUCCCCGCUCCCCCAAAGAGCCCCUCAUCUCUGGCUGGCUCUUCUUCAGAUACCUGGCCAUUGGAGGUUAUGUUGGUGCUGCAACUGUCGCUGCUGCUGGCUGGUGGUUCCUUUACUGCGAAGAUGGCCCCAUGGUCUCUUUCUACCAGCUGUCCCACUUCAUGCAGUGCACUGCUGAGAACGAGGACUUUGCUGGCAUUGAAUGUGAGGUGUUCGAGGCUGCUCCUCCCAUGACAAUGGCUCUGUCUGUCCUGGUCACCAUUGAGAUGUGCAACGCUCUGAACAGCUUAUCUGAGAAUCAGUCUCUGCUGCGUAUGCCUCCGUGGAGCAAUGUGUGGUUGGUGGGAGCCAUGAGUCUCUCCAUGUCUCUUCACUUCAUGAUCAUCUAUGUGGAUCCUCUGCCCAUGAUCUUCAAACUAACCCAUCUCAGCUUGGACCAGUGGAUCGUUGUUCUGAAGCUUUCCUUCCCUGUCAUACUUAUUGACGAGCUGCUUAAGUUUGUUGCCCGUAACUACUUGGAGCAGAAAGAUGAGAAUCUAGUGUCCAAAAAGUGGGACUGAAAAAGCGAAGAAGAAAUUAGCAAAACAGCACUCCAAAGCAGAAAAAUGAAGUUCGCCAGGAGUGAAAACGUAAACCACUGUGAACCAGUGAAUCCAUCAUGGAUUUAUCAUCCAUAAAAUCUAAAACUUUAUAGAACAAAGGAAAAAAAUAUUUAAGUAAAAUGUGUUAUGUAUAUGUAUUAAGACUUAAUUUAAUAUAUAUAUAUUGUUAUGAACGGUAUAUUCUAAUGAAAACGCUAUUCUUAAAAUAAAGAUGUGUAUAAAAAAACAUGCGUGAUCUGUUACUGUCUUUUAGUUUAACUUUUAUUUUUCAUACAUAUGUAAUGCACUCAGAUUUGUUACUAACAUUGUGCUACAUAUAUAUGAAUGAACAUUUAUUAGUCCCAUUCAAACAGAUUUAGUGUUUUAUCAACUCUUUAACAUACCAUUGAUCUUCCACUGUUCAUUGGCUCAGGCACCAGAUGCUUCAUAAUGAAAUGAUGGCUCUUUCCAGUAAAGGGACUUUGGCCUUAAAUUGAAUGCAAAAAUAAUUAUAGUAGGGUAGGUAGUAUUAUAGCAGGGGGCAACUGUCUUUUCAGCACAAGUUCUCUAUCUGUCUGAGAACAGUAAGUAUGAAUAUUUCACUUUGAAAUAAAGUUUCAACAAAAACCAUUUGAGGUACAAAAAUAUUUUAGGGGGUAAUAUUUUCUAAUGCAUUUAAUUUAAAGUAAUAUUUAUUUGAUCUCUUGGUUUCUGGCUUUAAGUUAACAUAAAAGGAGUAUGCUAACACUGUUGCUGGUGGAUAUCAUAAAAGCUUUCAUCAUGGCUGUGAAACUGGGGGCAAUUGUAACACUACUUAUGAAUACAAAUGGUAUGAAUUGAAAGAUUUAAUCUUUAAAACAAUAAUAUAUUGUAAAACUAGCAUUUAGUCGACAGCUUCGCUUAUUAAAAUAGGUUGCAUCUCAUUUUUAAAAAAUUAUGUAUUUAAUGUAUUAAGACAUUAUUUAAGACAGCUAAAAGAAUUAGUACCACAUAAAGGCGAAAGAUAUUCCGAUAUUAUGUGGAAUAUUAUUAAAUAUUAUGAUAGUCCUUUUCAUUAUAUAUUUAUUAAUGAUACUGUUACUUUGGCACAUAGAUUUUUUUCUUAUAGCAAUAACGGGUAGGUCUGUAGUAGUCUGAGAGUUCCAAUUGCCCCCAGUAUGUUUUUUGGUUUUUAUUUUGCUGGUGACAGGUGCUGAAAAUGAGUAAUAUAUCUCCAUCAGUAUAUCUAUUAGG